GCACCUCAUCCUUUCCUUCCAUACGCCCUCCUUUCAAAACACAACGUUCAGCGAGGAGUAUAUGCUUUUUGGAUCUUACGGAGAGGGGGAAAAAAAAAAAAAAUAGAGCAUAAAAAACAAUAAUACUCUUCUUCUUCUCCUUCUCAUUCUCCUUCUCCUCACUAAACGACGAUGAUGAUCGACUCCACCGUGACCCUCCGCUUCUCCGCCGCCGCAACCAACCUCUAUUAUCGUCCAAUGUGGAGUUCGGAGGACUUGUCUGGAGUUGUCCACGUCAGCUCUUGCCGGAUUUCUCACGCCUGCGGAUUCGACGUGCCGUGGAAUAGAUUUCGAAGUGCAAACAGUGGUUCUUUCAGAAGGUGCAAUCUUAUAAAGAAUCGGAUUCGAGCAUCUGCAAAGCAUUUAGGACCAGGUUCAGAUCCUAUAAAGAAGAAUGGGAAGCCACAAUAUCAUCCAUUUGAGGAGUUUGCUAAAUCAACAUCAGAGAAUGGUGGAGAGGCUACACUCACAUCUGAAGAAACUGCCAGGACAAUUAUCAAGGUAAACAGCAAGGCGACAGUCAUGUUUUCAAAUUUGGUCAAUGAUCAAGUCCAUGAAAAUAUCAUCUGGCCAGAGAUGCCUUAUGUAACUGAUGAACAUGGAAAUAUAUAUUUUCAAGUGAAGGAUGGUGAAGAUACCAUGCAAGCUCUAUCUUCGGAAAAUAACUUUGUGCAAGUUAUUAUAGGCUUGGACACUACGGAAAUGAUCCGUGAGAUGGAAUUAUCAGGUCCAUCAGAAAUUGAUUUUGGAAUUGAUGAGAUUGAAGAAGAAGAUAGUGAUGUUGAAGAUGAGGAUGAUGAGGAAGAUGAUGAGAACGAUGAUUAUGAUGAGGAUUGGGUCGCUGUUCUUGAAGAUGAAGAUGAUGAAGAAGAUGAAGAUGAAGCACUUGGAGACUGGGCUAAGUUAGAGACUAUGCGUUCUUCUCAUCCUAUGUAUUUUGCCCAAAAACUUGCAGAGGUUGUUUCAGAUAAUCCUAUAGAUUGGAUGGAGCAGCCUCCUGCCAGUUUGGCUAUUCAAGGCGUUGUAAGACCUGCUUUUAUUGAAGAACAUUCUGUCAUUCGAAAGCAUCUAUCGAACCAACAAAGCAGCAAUGCUGAAUUAAAUCAGGUUGGAAAACCUGUAGAAGGUGGAUCAGAAGAUCCUAUUAGAAUUAAUGGUCACGAAUCUGAAUCAGAAUCUUCCAAGGAUAGUUCAACUUGGGAAGAAGAAUUGGAGAAGGAUGAAAUCACACCAAAUGGAGCUACGUUUUACAAGCUGGAGAUUAUUAAAAUUGAAUUAUUUUCGGCCCAUGGACGUCAGACUCUUGUUGAAAUAGAAGACUUCAUGAAAGCUCAACCCGAUCCCAUUGCACACUCGGCCACUAAAAUUAUAUCUCGCCUGAAAGCUGGUGGAGAAAAGACUACACAAGCUCUUAAGUCUCUAUGUUGGCGAUUAAAGGGUAUUCAAGUGGAGGAGGCAGUAAUUAUUGGUGUUGAUUCCCUUGGAAUUGAUUUGAGGAUUUGUUCGGGAACACAAGUACAGACCUUGCGGUUCGGAUUUGAUUCUCGGGCGACCUCUGAGUACAGUGCUGAGAGACAACUAAAUGAUAUAUUAUUUCCAAGGAUCCACCAGAAGCCACAAAAGAUCAAGCAAACUCAGCAAAAUGAAUGCUAAUAUUGGCAACAGUGUCCACAGUCACCUUGUUUGGUUCUAUCUGGAUUGUCUGGCCCUCAAGGUUGCAACUUGAAUAUAAGUAGUAGGGAAUGACAUUGUAAUGGUUAAGCAGGGAGGGAGGGAGAGAGAGAGAGCGAGAGAGAGAGUGAGAGAGGGACGGGGGCACAUGCUGGGUCAAGCAGCUCAUGAAUUUGUAAGUUUCAAUCAACGAUUAUGAGCUUGCUCAUGAAUUUGUAAGUUGCAAUCAACGAUUAUGAUGAUUCAUUCUUUUCAAAGCUCCGCUUUAAUCUUCACCUUUUAAACUGCUUUAUGCUGAAA